CAAUAACUGAAAAUGUAUUAUCUAAGAAAAACUAAACAUGAUAAUAUUAAAACGUAAAUACUAAAUACUAAUUCAAUUUUUAAAAUUUUAAAUGAAAAACGAAAUUGAUCAACAAUUGCUGAUGGUACUUGAAGUUUGAAAAGUAUGGAACAAUUCUUCGCUUACCAAAAGGAUAGUCGAACACCGUGUAAAUAUGGUAGAAAGUGCUUUCAGAAGAAUAAAGAACAUUUAGACAAAUAUAAACAUCCCCCUACUAAAGAAGAUGUAAAAGUGGAUACCAAGAAAAUUGCAAAAAAACGAGAUUCCCGAGGAAAAGUCAAACUUGAGAACACAAAUAGAAAUGGAGAAUCGUCCAGUGUUAAUGGCCAUAAUUCCAAUGAUAAUUUUCCGCAAGAUGAAAAUGAUAUGGAAGUUCCUGAACAAUUAAACGAUUUAUCUGACAGCGAACCCUCUACUAGUCGAAGUAAUGAUGAGCAAACUGAAUCUAUAACUAAUCAGCAAAAUAUAAUGAACAUUCAAUCUCUUCUACCUUCUAGACAACGUUCUCAACAACAACAAUUGCUAUUGACAAAUAAUGCCUUAGAAGAUUGUAGUGGUGAUGAUGGUAUAGUACCCAGUACACCUACAUUGCUUAUACCAAGACGAUUAGAUGGAGAAACUGUUAGCUCUCCUCAUGUACCCUCAGGCAGUCAAGGACCCAGGUUUACUUUUCUUGGGACCUCUCAAAAUUCUCAUGUUCACGAUUCCAAUGAUGGAGAACAAUCAGUAUCGUCAGAACGAGUUGUAGUAUCAGAGACUGUAAUUAAUUCUACUUAUUGGAACACACAAAUAUCUAAAUUAUUUCUUGUUGGUGAUAUGCCUGAAGAAUUUUACAACUUAUGGUCUUUUUGUAAAAGACAAAACCCUACUCAUCCAGAAGAUACAUUUUUAUCUGUUGGGUUGAAGUUGGUUGGACCAUAUGAUGUCUUAGCUGGCCACUUUAAUGAAUUUUGUACUAAUAAAGAAGAAAAUGCAGUUUUACAUUGGCGUUAUUACUAUGAUCCUCCAGAAUUUCAAACAAUAAUAAGUAGUACAAAUGGUUCUCAGUAUCACAUUGGUUAUUUUAGAGAUGAACCUUUAGCAGUGCCAGUUUUUGUAGCUUCAAACGAUUCAGAUAAAAGUUGUGUUAUACAAAAUCUUGGUCAAAGUUUAUUUCAAGCUCUAAGGAAAUAUUUGCAUACUAAAGAAGGUGACGUAGCACAUUCUCUUCAAAAAAAGUUGUAUGCAUUUGAAAAACGUAAGGUUAAAAAAAUACUGGAAGGUCGUCAAGGCACUCCUGUGGCUAAAACUUUUCAUAAAGCGGGUAUUUUUGUUCCGUACGAUCGUAAAACUGAUAUUGGAUAUCGACCAUUGUCAGAGCCAGAUAGUGUAUUAAGAAAGAUUUUCAAGUUCUAUCGUGAAGCCUCUGAAAAUAAAAAAGUUUCCGAAAUGGAUAAAUUACUACCCAUAAUAAAUUAUGCGAAUAUAGCAACUGAUGAAUGUGACUUUGGAACAGGACUUGAAUUAGGCAUUGAUAUUUUUUGUGAUGGAAAUCCUGAUCUUCAUCGCAUAUGUAAACAGCUAUUAGUCACUUCGUAUAAUUUAUUGAGGAGACCUCAAUUUGCUACUAUUAUACAGGCUCAUUUAAACAACAGAAGAAAAGACGGAAACAUGAGUAUACUGUGAUCAUGUUUUAAUCUCAAACAUUUUUCUAUUUAUUCAUAUAAUUUUAAUUGUAUUUAUUUAAGUUAAGUCACCAUUUAAUAAAAAAAUAUAACAAAUGAUUUAAGUAAGAUAAUUAUUAAUUAAAAUCAAAUGUUUGUUUUUAGUUAAUUUUUUACACAGUAUAAUAAAUGUUUGUA